GGUGGGGGGAUGGGGGAGGCGGAGCUUGGCUCGUGAGGCCAGCGACUGGAUAUUCCGGGGCGGCGAGAGCGGAUUUGCUUUCUUGGGAUCCCAUGGCUUUCUUUACUGGGCUCUGGGGCCUCUUCACCCAUGUAAACGGAACACUCAGCCAGCGCUGUUUCAGCACCACCGGGAGCCUCAGUGCAAUUCAGAAGAUGACACGGGUGCGUGUGGUGGACAACAGUGCCCUGGGGAACACCCCGUACCAUCGCCCUCCUCGGUGCAUCCACGUCUAUAACAAGAAUGGGGUGGGCAAGGUGGGCGACCAGAUACUGCUGGCUAUCAAGGGACAGAAAAAAAAGGCGCUCAUUGUGGGGCAUCGUAUGCCUGGCCCCCGAAUGACCCCCAGGUUCGACUCCAACAACGUGGUUCUUAUUGAGGACAAUGGGAACCCUGUGGGGACCCGAAUUAAGACGCCCAUCCCUACCAGCCUGCGCCGGAGGGAAGGCGAGUAUUCCAAGGUGCUGGCCAUUGCUCAGAACUUUGUGUGAGCAGAGCCCAGGCCUCUGGCUGCGGGGAGCUCGUGAAUGGAGCAGCUCAGAACUGCGCCUUUGCUGAGCUGGCACUUGGGGGCCACAUGGCUGCUCCCUCCACAGUGGGUAACAUUGUCCUGUGAAAGAAUAAACAUUUUCAUGUA